CGCGGCUGAAGGCGUUGAUUGGUUGUGAGCGCGGGCCGCGAGGGGUGCUAGUGCUUUGGUGGGGCCUCGGCGCUCUCUCGGGGUGUAGGGAAGGGUCGAGCAGCGAUGGCGUGGUUGUCUGGGCCCUGCUGAGCCGGGCCCGGCUCUGCGCUCGUCCCCCGUUCCCCCUGCCGCGCGGGUUGGGUUCGCCCUGCGCGCUGGUAGCGCCCGCAGCUGUCGCCGCCCGGAGGUGGCGGGGCGGCCGCGGCGAUGAUGAAGGGGGCGCUGGGCAGCCCGGUGGCCGCCGCCAUGCAGGAGAGCUUCGGCUGCGCCGUCGCCAACCGCUUCCACCAGCUGCUGGACGAUGAGUCCGACCCCUUCGACGUCCUGCGCGAGGCCGAGCGCCGCCAGCAGCAGCGUAGGAAGCGCGAUGAGGCGGCGGCCGCCGCUGGCGGCAGGAAACCCGGCCCCGGCCAGAGACCCGGCCCCGCCGCCGGCAAGAGGGAGUCCCAGAAAGAGCGCAAGGUCCUGCAGCCCGAGAGCCCCGCGGCGCCCGGAGCCCCGCCGCAGCCGGGUCAGAAGCGAGCUCCUAAAAGGGGAGAACAACAAGGAUGGAAUGAUAACAGGGGAACGGAGGUAAAACAAGACAAAGCUGAAUGGAGACCAUCUUUUAGGGAAUACCGUCCCUAUGAAAAGGAGAGACAAGUGGAGUUCACAGUAGAAAAGCCAGUUGACAGAUUUGACCGGGAAAGACCAAUGAGAGGUCGUGGGGGAGGAAGAGGUGGAAUGCGAAGCCGAGGAAGAGGUGGUGGGAUGAACAGAAGUCUUAAUGGCUAUGACCAAAGAGGGAAACGGGAAUUUGAAAGACAGAGUGGGAGUGAUAAAACAGGAAUCAGAACAGAAGACAAAAGGGGUGGAAGUGGAGCUCGGAACUGGGGAACAGUUAAAGAUGAUCUGAGUGAGAUGGAACAGACUGCUCCAGUGGAAGAUACUGCAGAAACAGAGGAUCACCAAGGGGCACCUGAAGGAGAACCUCUGACCAAAGUUGCUGAAGGGGAGCCAGUGGAAGAAGUAGCAGCUCAAGAAAUGACGUUAGAUGAGUGGAAAAAUCUGCAGCAACAGAGUCGACCAAAGCCUGAAUUCAACAUCCGGAAGCCAGAAUCCACUGUUCCUUCCAAAGCAGUGGUGAUUCACAAGUCAAAGUAUAGAGAUGAUAUGUUAAAGGAGGAUUUUGAGGAUGACUCCCACAUCUUCCGAAAAGCAGCUAAUGAUAUAACUUCUCAGCUGGACAUUAACUUUGGGAAUCUUCCUCGUCCCGGGCGUGGAGCCAGAGGAACACGAGGAGGUCGUGGACGUGUCAAAAGAGUUGAAGAUACUGGGCCUAGACCAGAAGUGGUGACACAAAUCAUUGCUCCAAAUCCUGAUGACCCUGAGGAUUUUCCUGCUUUAGCCUGAAAGAACUGUUCUGAAUGACAGCAUCUCAAAGUAGCUGUGAAGAGACCAGUUUUAUGUUGCUGUGGAAAAGGAUCAUCUGAGUCUGAAGGAAAAACGGAUUUUUUUUUUUCUUGUGUGAAAUGAUUGCACUUCUGUGGUAUUGAGGGAAGGGGGCUCUGGAGAUAUCAGUGAACUGGGAUCUUGCAACAGAUUCCAGCACCUCCUAUUGGGAUAACUGUGUGAAGGCUUAUGGUAUUAUACUCAAGGGAUUUCAAUAAAGUUCAACAGUACAGUGUUAAAAAUGUGUAUAUAGAGAUUAUUUAGAAUUUUCCAUGAAAGCACAGUGAAAUGUAAGCUGUACAACAUGGUCUGCUAUUGGAAAUCUGUAGCAAACCCUUGUAGACACUUGAAAGCUGCUUUCCCUACUCCAUUGAGUGAAAUGUACCUUUGCAUAUUUUAAGCAGUUAUACCGCAAUUUUCAUAAGUUGACAAAUAAAGAAAACUGCUAAUUGG